GGAUGUAACGAAACACUGAACAGUCAGUCGUCACCGCGUCGAAUGUCAGCAUCCGCGAACUCCGUCAUUUUUUAAGUCUACCAAGUCCAGCUCAGGCCAUUACCAACAUGGUUCUCUCCGACAUCAACUCCGCUAACAACUUUGAUGAAAAUAACAGAAUGGGCAGUGUGGUCAGCGAGGUAACACGAGCUGCAGCUGAAGUGAGGAAGAAGGACCUAUGUUUGGACAUUCCAUUGCGACCUACACACCAUGACAAACUUCCCGGUCUUAAAUCCAAGGUUCGAACCUUCGUGGAGGAAGGCAUAAAACUUUGUUUGCCAGACAAAGUUCACGUUUGCGAUGGAAGUGAACGUGAGCUGCGUGACCUACUGAACGUAAUGCAGCAGGCAGGCAUGAUCGAGCCCCUGCCCAAGUACACCAACUGCUGGCUGGCCCGCACUGACCCAGGGGACGUGGCCCGCGUGGAGAGCAAGACCUUCAUCGUGACAAAGGAACGUCGAGAGACCAUCCCCUCGCCUAAGGAAGGCGUCAAGGGACUCUUGGGCAACUGGAUGUCACCAGAAGAGCUGAAGAAGGCCGUCAAAGAACGAUUCCCAGGAUGCAUGAAGGGAAGGACCAUGUAUGUGGUUCCCUUCUCCAUGGGUCCUGUGGGAUCCCCUCUCUCCAAGAUCGGCAUCCAGUUGACAGACUCCCCUUACGUUGUGGCUUCCAUGCGCACCAUGACCAGGAUGGGCAAGGCCGUGCUGGACACGCUCGCUGAGCAAGACUUCGUCAAGUGCCUCCACUCAGUAGGAUGCCCACUUCCACUGAAGAGGACGUUGGUCAACAACUGGCCAUGUGACCCCGAGAGAACUAUCGUGACACACGUGCCAGAAACCAACGAGAUCAUAUCCUUCGGGUCGGGAUAUGGUGGGAACUCCCUCUUGGGAAAGAAGUGCUUUGCCCUUCGCAUUGGCUCCACCAUCGCCCGUCGUGAAGGCUGGCUGGCCGAACAUAUGCUCAUCCUGGGCAUCACGAACCCACAGGGAGUCAAGAAAUACAUCGCAGCUGCCUUCCCCUCAGCCUGCGGCAAGACCAACCUGGCCAUGAUGACCCCAUCCCUUCCAGGCUACAAAGUGGAGUGUGUGGGCGACGACAUAGCUUGGAUGAAGUUCGACGAGGACGGCAUCUUGCGUGCCAUCAAUCCUGAGAACGGCUUCUUCGGCGUGGCCCCCGGCACCUCCAUGCACACCAACCCUGUGGCCAUGAAAACCGUCCUGUCCAACACCAUCUUCACCAAUGUUGCUAAGACCAGUGAUGGAGGAGUUUUUUGGGAAGGACUGGAGAAGGAAACGGCUAAUGAUAUCACCAUCACUUCGUGGCUUGGAGACACCAACUGGAGCAAAGAAUCGGGCAAACCAGCUGCUCAUCCCAACUCUCGCUUCUGUACACCAGCUGGCCAGUGCCCCAUCAUCGACCCAGCGUGGGAGGACCCCAAGGGCGUUCCCAUCUCGGCCAUUCUUUUCGGAGGAAGACGUCCCGAGGGAGUUCCUCUCAUCUACGAGGCCUUCAACUGGAAACACGGCGUGCUGGUAGGAGGAGCCAUGAGAUCUGAGGCAACUGCCGCCGCCGAGCACAAGGCAAAGGUGAUCAUGCACGACCCCUUCGCCAUGCGGCCCUUCUUUGGCUACAACUUCGGCCACUACUUGCAGCACUGGCUUAGCAUGGAGACCCGCACUCACAGAGCCCUUCCCAAGAUCUUCCACGUCAACUGGUUCCGUAAGGACGAGAAGGGACGCUUCAUCUGGCCUGGUUUCGGCGAGAACGUUCGCGUCCUGGACUGGAUCCUUCGACGUGUCGACGGAGAGGACGUGGCAGAGGAGAGCGCCGUCGGCCUCCUUCCCAAGCCUUCGUGCCUCAACAUGGCGGGCUUGGAGGACCAUAAUAUCGACAUGCAUGAGCUUUUCAGGCUCCCGAAAGGAUUCUGGCAGCAAGAGACGCAAGCCAUCGCCAAGUACUUCGAAGAGCAAGUAGGAGACGACCUUCCCAACGAAGUACGUGAGGAACUCAAAAACCUGGACAAGCGUAUUGAGAAGAUGUAAUAACAUACCAUUAUAAUAAUCUCACCAUGGGCAUAUAGUUACACUGCGUUGCGUUGCCUGCUAUAUUUCAUACAUCAUACUGUUGCAUUCAUUAUCACAUAUCCCUGUAUAUGUUUGUAUAUGUUAUAUAAUUCAGAAAUCAAAUAUAUUUUUGUAUAUAUGA